CCCUUACAAACCGUUUUCAUAUGCACCCAUACAAUACAACAUGUCAUUCAGCGCGACCUCCAAAUGGCACUUCAUUCUCGUCUCUGCGCUCUCUCCUUCAACGCCCGUGUUGUACUGACGCCGCUCUUGCAGGGAGUCUGGACUGUCAAUGGACGCUCGAGUAUUCGUGUUGCUGAUAGAUCUCAAGGCCAUGAAGGAUGCUUGUGGAAUAAUAGCAUUAAUGGAAUUAGGGCUUUUUGUAUUAACCAAGAUUUGGCUAGUAAGAAGUGUGUGCCAUGCAGCUCCAAAGAUCUGAGGGCUAUGACUGAGGAGACAGCCAACAUUUUGAUCGAGCGGGUUCCUGGAUGGAAUCUAGUGAAGGAAAAUGAUUCCUGGAAGCUGCAUCGGUCCUGGAAAGUUAAGACUUUCGUCAAAGGAAUGGAAUUUCUUCGACUCGUGGCUGAUGUUGCCGAAGCUGAAGGUCAUCACCCAGAUCUUCAUCUCGUUGGAUGGAACAAUGUAAAGAUUGAUAUUUGGACUCAUGCAGUGGGUGGGCUCACUGAGAAUGAUUUCAUACUUGCUGCCAAGAUCAAUGGACUUAAUCUUCACAACCUUCUAAGGAUAACACCUACAAACAAGUAACAGCUCCACAUUGAUAGACAUGUGUUCUUUCCCUUUCACCUUUGUAAUAGCACAUAAUAUUUUGUUAUAAUUGCAUUUGUUUUUCUGUUCUUGCGUUUUUUUUGGAUUGGUUUUCUGUUCUUGCACGGUUGCACCUUGUCAAAAGUAGUAUAGCUGGCCAAGUAUAUUUUUGAUGGUUCACGAAUGAACAUGCAUUAUCCAA